UGCGCAUCGGCUCUCUCUGACUUUCUCUGGGAUACGAUACUCAUCACUGCAUUCCCACGCUGCUUUUUUUUUUUUUUUUUAACCAUCUCACAUAAGGGUCCUGGUUUGUUUUAUUGUUGUUGUUGUUGUUGUUGUUUUAAACACACAACAACAUAUUUAUUCAAGUGCAUGCUUGGUGUUUAACCUCAGCCGGGUCAAUGUAUAUAGACGCGUUCAAACGGAUCCUCUUUGAAAGGCUGAACUGCUUGAAGAGGAUGUGUGUGUGUCAGCGCCAGGGCAGCUCAUUCGCCAUGUCUAAGACAGCGGUGAAGAAGCUGCACUGGCGCUCCAAGGUGCAGGACAGCUUCGUCCCCUUGCUGGGCUCGUCAGGUGAGCUGGGCAUCGCCGUCGGUGGAGGAGCAGAUUAUGGAGAGUUUCCUUUCGUCACGUCGGCUCCGGGAGGCGUCCUCACUGUGGGUGACAUCAUCCUAGAGAUCGGGGGAACACCAGUAUUAGGGAUGACAUUAGGUGAUGUCCGGGGUGUCCUCAACUCCUGCUCCCAUCCCAUCCGCAUCAAAACCUUGUCUCCAGGCUCCACAUUGUGCAAGGAUCUCAGGUUGUAUCUGAGUAAGUGCUUCACACCCGGCUCAGUGGACAGCCAACUUCAGCAGGUCAUCAGAGAGAACCUCUACCUCCGAGCUGUACCCUGUACAACCAGACGGCCCAGAGAUGGGGAAAUCUCAGGAGUAGACUACAACUUUGUCUCCAUUGAGGAGUUCUUCUCCUUGGAGGAGGCAGGAGCACUGCUUGAGAGUGGGAAGUUCAAAGGGAAUUACUACGGCACCCCUCGGCCUGUUCACAUCAGCCCAGAGAGCCCCCCCAUCACCUACCAGGAACACCGCAACCUGCUCAGAAACUUCCGCACACGCAGCAAAUCGCUCAGCAACCUGGAGAAGGCUGCAGAGGAGGGCGAGAACAGUGAGGAGGACUUGGGCCUGUCAGGAGGCUCUAUAGGCAUCAGCGGCGGGGUCCCACACAGCCAUCGGUCCCCCCGAAGGCCCAGGACGGCCAGCGGCGGGGAUGGUCGUGUCGUAGAGAACGGGAUCCUCAGCGGCAGAAGCGGUGCCAGGCUGAGAGGUGUGAUGCCCGAUCACUGGGAGCUGGCCUUCAGUGACCCAGGAAAGUCUCACCAUGUAGAACGCAACCCAAAGAGGACCAGCUGGCAGAGUGCUCGAGCUUCAAGUCGGGAGACCGUCUACAAAAAUGAAUGGUUUACAGACCAGCCCUCGGAGCUCAGGGGUUUCCCUGUGCACACACACCUGACAAAGGGCUCCAGAGGGUUCGGGUUUAAUAUUGUCGGAGGCAGCAGGCCGAGAGAGUUCCUCCAGGUCUACAGUGUUACCUCAAGUGGACCCUCAGCACUCAAGACAGCGGACAUCCUCGUGUACAUUAAUGACGUUUGUGUGCUGGGAGUGUCUCACAAAGAGGUGGUAGAGAUGCUCAAGUCAGUGCCUGUGGGUCACACAGUGGAUGUCGAGGUCAGUAGAGGGUACCCCAUGCUGUACAACCACGACGGCAUUCCCAAGCAACCCCCGCCACGGAUACUGGACAGCGGAGACUCCAUCCUACCACCCACCACCACCCAGCCUCAGCCUCUGCACCAACUACCUCGCCGCCUGACCCCCAGCCCCCAGCCCCAGCACUUUAGUUUCAACGGGGUCCACAGUGACGUGAGCUACAUGGAACCAGGUGUGACCUUGGACGCUAACGGAAACGCCAUGUCUUUCGCUAUCAGACAACCGCCCUCAUACAGACGCUCCAGUGUGAGCAACCCCGCCUCCUCCGUCCCCAUGCGUCCCCCUCGUUCCAUCAGAGGGUUAGCCAGGCUGCAGUCGUUCGACCCUACGCUUGCCAGCCAGAGUGACAGUGAGGUUGUUUCAGCCAUCGGUUCACACAGGGCUUCAAUGAUCCGUAACCACAACAAUAACUCCCUCUCAACGCCCCAACAUUCUCUGCGUUACGGCACGUCCAAGUCGUCCGAGAGCGACCUGUCCACCUGCACCCUGUCAGGGUCCCGCCUGCCCCUCCCUCAGUCCCCGAGAAGGCCCUCGACCUCCCCUGGUGGCCCACGGAGCGCUCACGCCCACGUCUUCAGACCGCAGACCGCCUCGCACCUCAGACCUCCUCCCACACCUGAGAGCCCCCACUACCGCAGCUUCAACGGUUUCCAUGGCAACACCAGCCCCACUGCAAGUCCGAGCAGCAUGUCCUCUCCCGGAGCGAUGAGCAUGGGCAGUGGGGUUGGCAGUUUAAGCGGAGGGGAGCUGGUUCCAGUUGCCUUAGCCCAGUGUGAAGGAGAUCAAGGGCUGGGCUUCAGCGUGACGGCCGGCGGCCCCGGAGGCAGGAUGACUAUAGUGAAGAGGGUCUGGGACAGGAAGCAGUGCAACUCCCUGCAGCCAGGGGACGCUAUUAUCAAGAUCAACGGCGCAGAUGUUCAGAGCCUUAGCUUUUCACAGGUACAAACAAUUCUUCAUGAACACACCAGGCAGGCAGAAGUCAUCUUGUUGGUCUACAGAGGAGGCAUCUAUCAUUCAACCGUCUCCCCCGGCUCAAUCAGAAGACUCCCUCCGCCUCUCCUCCGCCCUCCUCCACCUGUUGGUUCAGAAAACUCCUCUGUGCUCCCAGACACUCUGCCUGUACCCCGCACGUCCCUCAGCACCCCACCCUCCCCGGCCAAGAUGAGAUCCUCUCUGAUCCAGAGCACCAGUUUCUUGGAGUCGAUUCCAGUGACCCUGACCAUGGAGCCCAAAGACUGGAUCAACACGGGCCUGGAGGAAGAGGCGGGCGGUGUCACAGUCCCUGAUUCAGGUCUAGAGAGUCAGGGUGUUGAACGAACUCGGCCACUCAGAGGGUUUGAUGUGGAGCUGCGGAGAAAACCUGGAGAGGGCUUUGGGUUCGUCAUUGCCUCUCAGGAUGUGGAAAAUGGAAAAGCUGCUUCGCUACUCCCGCACCGGUUUGUGACGGUCCGGCGAGGCAGCCCGGCGUCCAAGAGUGGUCAGAUCCGUCCUGGAGAUCGAUUAGAGGCGGUGGAGGGACGCUCGGUGGUGACUCUGCCUCAUCGAGAACUCGCUCAGAUCCUUCGGCGGGCGGGAAAUACUCUGCGCCUCACCAUUGUCCCACGUCCCAGCACCUAUUCUUCCAGCCUUUCAGAAACCAACGACUUUGACCCCACUCACAGAAGCAGAAAGGGUCAGAGAUCGCGUCCAAAGCGUGACUCGAGGUAUUACAGCGUGGACUUGGAUCGAGGCCCAUCAGGCUUCGGCUUCAGCUUGCGAGGUGGCAGCGAGUACAACAUGGGCCUCUACGUGCUGGGACUGAUGGAGGGGGGGCCGGCGUCACGGAGCCACAAAAUGCAGGUCAGUGAUCAGCUGGUGGAGAUCAACGGGGACAGCACAGCAGGGAUGACGCACAGCCAGGCGGUGGAGCAGAUCCGCAGAGGAGGUCACCGCAUCCACCUGGUGCUCAAGAGAGGAAACGGUUAUGUGCCCGACUAUGUGGAGCUCUCCAGUUUGUCUCUAUGUAUGACCAACUCCAAGCUAGGAGAGCCUUGCUUCUAUGUCAUUGGACGGACAGAGAAUACGCGGUUGGUAAUGGUUCCUGCCGUGAGCACAGAGUCACCUCCCCCUCCCCCCUGCGUCACCCCAAGGAGCAGGGUUUGGCUGCAGUAGACUCCACUGGGCGGAAGGGGCACAGCUCCAAGCAGAAAAGGAGAAGCAGGUCUUCAAAUGGACAUGAGGGAGAGAGAGCGACGGUAAGGAGAAGGAGAAGACGGGGCUCAGGUGAGGGUGGAGGAGGGCGCUCUGCAUUAAGGAGCCCAACCUCUGAGCUGGAGGAGAUGUCUCCGGAAGCAAGAGCAAGGACGAGGAGCAGGAGCAGGAGGACGAGGAGUAAAAAAAGAGGCUCUCAGAGUUUACCCAGAGACGCAUUGAGGAGAAGUGAUGAUAGUGAGACGGAAAAAGGGACCGAGAGGGGACGGGAGAGGGGGAGGAGCAAAAGAAGGGAGAGGAAAAGUAGAAAUGAGGAGAGCGUGAGGGAGGCAGAGGUCAAGGAGCCAGAGCAGGAGAAAGAGGAAGAGGAAGAGGAAAAUCAGGAACAGGAGGAACCUGCAGCUGAGGAGAAGGUGGUAGAAGAGAGAGAGGAGUUCCAGGAGAGAGUCAGUUUAGAGAUGGACGAGAGUGACGAUGACGUUUUUCUUCCCAUUCCAAGUCCGAACCAAAAACUUCCCACACCUAAACUUCACUGGGAGGUCGAGGAGGACGGAAAUUGGGGCAUGAUGGCAGAACACAGAGAGCUGAGGAGAGAGAAGGCGGUGGAGCAGGAUGAAGACAGGGGGGAAAGCAGAGACACACAUCGGGACAUGGACCGGAGAAAUGAUGAGGACACACAGAGCAUUGGUGUCGAGAGGCCUUUCUUUGGGGUUGAUGCGAUCGAUCAGACGUCACAGAGAAAUCCCUUCUCCUUCCUCACCUCCACGCCAUCCGUGGAGCAGCUGGGCGGCCACGAGUCGGAGUCCGAAGGCAGCCAAUCUGACAGCAGCGUGACUGCUGCCAGCAUCUCAGGCCUCUCCCUGGUCGGCACAGAAGCAGGCAGGCGCAGAGCUGCGGUGGUGCCAGGCCCCUGGCUCCAACCCAGUCAACAAAGGGAGGCUCAGGUCGAAGAGGAGGGUGGUAGUCCCGGGAGGCGGGAAGGGCAGGAGGGAGGAAGAAGAAGAAGAAGAAACCCUUUCUCUUUACUUUUUAACAAGAAGUAGCUGAGUCGGUCGGUCUCUCACUGUUAGACUUUGACUCGUUUUGUACCAACAUCUCCUCAUAGUCACUUUGAUAUCUGCAGUAGUAUAAAGUCAUAUUCUUUGUGCCUUUUUACAGCUGACCUCUGGCAGGUGUUCAAUGUUCAAAAAUCUUAUUUUAGCCUGUCAAUGCACCAACAUGCUAAAAAAAAUUAUGUCACCUUUUACUGUUGAGUCAACUAUUUUAAAAAUGAUACACUCCUUUUUUUUAUGUUUGCUGCUCUUGUAAUCACUAGUACCACUAGAGAUGUUCCAGCACCAACCCGGUGGAACAGAUGCCCUUUGAUUUAACGGAUAAUGCAGUAACCAAUAUUGGCGAGGAAGCUAGUCAAUGCACCCAUCUGAUACCAUCAGCUCCACCAAAAACAUUUACUUUGUGUCUUCUCUCUAAAACAGAAACUUACACACUGAUAAAAUGCAAUUUACAACACAAACAGCAGUGUGCUGUUUGAAAGAGGGUCAAUGCCAGUUACUUAUAACUUGAGUGAGGAUGAUUUUAACUGCUAUAAACCCAGAAACAGAAAAAGAUUUAUGUUAAAAAUUAAAGUUAGCUUCAACACGCUUCAGCAGAGAAGAAGCAGAGCUAACGCAAAUGUAUAAUUCAAAUUGAUUUUCCUUUAUUAGACUGAGCCCUACAACAAUGGCUGUAAUCAUAUGACGUGCAUACUUGGUUAGUAGUAUAGACUGAAGCCGUUCACAUUGAUAAGGACGUUAUUCUUUUCAAUCACACCCGUAUCAGAGGGGUGCUUUGAAAUAGGCCAAUACUCAAGUCUAGGUUCUCGGGAAGAAAAGAAAAUGGCAUCAGAACAUCUCUAGUUUCCAGGACAACAAGGUAUUGUCUGAAUGACUUCCUCGACUCUCUGCAUCUCUGCCACUUUAGCCGAGCCUCCCCUCUCUUAAUCAUCCCCUACUGUACAGAGACUGUACAGACGUUCACUUUAUACCUCAUGAAGACACUGAGCAAUAAUAAUGCAACUGUCACAGACAGCACAUUCUUUCCGCUGCGCCACGUCGAUCUGAUCUAAGAGGACACUGUGUGACGUGUUUGUUCAAAAUCCUCUUAUGUGGUCACUUGCUUUCGACUUGUAACGUUGUUCCAUUUCACUGAUUGUGAUCAUGCAAAUCCCCUUUUUGGACAGCAGGUGUGAAAUCUAUAUUCUGUAAAUAUAUGUACAGAAAUAAAUGACAGAACCUAUUGUAAAUACUGUACUAACUGGAGCAAGUUUGUAUUACUAUAUUGUAAUACGUAACAAUAAAUAGAAUAAUAUACAUAUGCAGUAUAUCUAUAUUAAACACUACAGAUACCCAUACAUGUUAUUUAUUAUAGUGUGAUGAGAAAUCAUGUGAGAAGUGGUAUAUAGCUUUUGUGAAGGCUCAUAAAGUAAAUACAGACUAUAUUGUACCUGAUUAUUCAGACAUGAAUGUUUAGUAUUAAGCUGCUCCGGUGUGGAUAAGGAAGCUCUGUGUUGUACCCAUCUUCAGAAGUCAGAAAAGAAAAUGCCAAAAAUAUGCAUAUGCAGUGUGCAUAUUUCCAGUACUGUUAAUAAUAUUGUGUAUGUGGGGUCAGAACAAAAACACGAUCUUGAUUCUAGUGAGUGCUGUGCCCAUCGUGCCACGUACAGUUGCCUUGGUAACAUAAAUCACUUUAUCCUAACUGCUGAUUUUUCUUACUGUGAAAACCCUUUUUGCUCUGAGGUCUCUAAUACGGGGAAAAGUGGGCGAGCCGUUAAGUAGUUUCAGUCAUGCCAAAAAAAGAAAGAAAAAAAGGCCCCUUACUGUAAAUCUACAAAGAUUAAACUUAGGAUAAAACUCAGUGUGCGUCUAAGAUGGCAAAAUAGCACAUCCUUUAGUUUUUGCUCUCAUUUUUUUAAUAGUUCUCUUGUUGAAAAAAAAAAAAAAACAGACUUAACGGAUACUGUGAGAUUUUAUUUUUCUAUGAAAUUAUCUUUUUGGAAAUACUCAGGUUUUAAGCUCUAUAGAUAAGCCAUUAUUAAGAGGAAAGAAGCGACAAAGUGACUUCAGACCAUUUUCAUAACACAUUAUUUAAAUGUUAGAGCUUUUUUCUUUCUUGUUCUUUUUUGGCUUUAAGGCAGCAUUAGGAGACGCAGACUGUUACAGCUGUUUGUUACCAACCCAUCAUUAUCUAAAGGUUGAUUCUAAAAAUGAACAUAUUCUUUCAUUUUAUACCCAAACCAACGUGUUGCCCUGACCAUGUGUUUGCGUUGCUAUGCUGCACAGCACAGUGACCACACCAACAUACUGCAUUCCCCAACCAAUGAGCGUUCAGAGUAGCUUGGUAUCCUAUAUGUCAGAGUUGUUUUAUAAGGUUUGCUAAAGCUCUUUUUUUAGACCUUCAUUUCCUAAGGGGGGGGUUAUAUGGCUGAACUGUAAACAUGUUCUAAUAAAACUCCAAAUAAACUGCUGAACCAAUCUC